AGAAGUUUCAAGGUGACUGGGGGAUGCUGAUGUGAGAUGCAGGGUUGCUAGGUGAGUUGCUACGGGAGAUGGUUGCUAAGGGGCAGGGAUUACCUCCUGGGCUAGUGAUGGCUGUGUUGAUACAGCAGUAGAGCAUCUUUGUGGCAUGGAGGGGAAGGGGAGCCUUUCUGGAGGCAGCUGCCCAGCUGACAGCGUCCCUGCCCCCUUCUUGCUCUAGAUGCCAAUGGCUGGAGAAAUCCUGCAACUCAUGCACUCGGACUGAAAUGCAUGACUAAUAGAAUGACGGGAUCCUUAAUGAGCCAAUUGGCUUUUUCCUUCACCCACUGCUAUAAUGCACUCAGUGCUGGGUCUUGUUGCCCAUGGUUGUGAUGCAGCAACCAUCUCGGGCACGCAUGUGUGUGUUUGGUGGGCUUAUUUACGCAGCGAAGCCACUCCUACUGCUGAUAGGAAGAAGGAGGUAGACGUCAAGAGGGAGGGGUGAAUCCAGUGGUGGAUGGAAGUGUGUGCAGUGGGAUGAGGGGGGAGGGAUCGAGGGCACCCUAAUCUUUUUUGGGUUGUCUCCGGCAGCGUACGUGCACAAAAAGGAAUUAGGCAAACAGCAAUAUAGCAGCUGGACAGGGACCAGGAUCAGGUGGAAGAGGGAUGCAGGAUAGAAGACAAGGAUCCUGAAGAUGGAUGGCUGGGAAAGCGGAUAAACGGACAGGUUAGGUGGAUCGUGGUGGGGUGGAGGACAUGCGAGUCUGUUUGGGUGGAAAUUCAAAUUGUCAUCCUUGCCAACCGGGGUCGAGGAAAUAUCAACAGAACAGAGCAAUUAGGGACUGCAGAUUAUAUAAAUACAUGCAGGGAUGUUGAGAGAUGAGUGAGGAUAUUUGCAAUGGCAGGUGAAGAGGGUUAAAUUGGGUCAGGAAAGAGAUUGAGCAAAACAGGAGACACAGCAAUGAAGUUGAGUUAAAUCCUUGAUGGCUGUGCAAGGGGCAGAAGAGGCAGGAGGCAUGGGUGAAAAUGACUAAGUCAAUGAGCCACCCACCAAAAACAAAGCAGUCUGGAUAUGUCAAUGUCUCAUCUGUGCAGUAGGUGGAAGAGAAAUAAAUACACAGCAAGGGGAUAAAAGGGCAUCAGAGGAGCAGGACGGGUUCAGGAGAAUGGGAGAACUCUGGAGAACAGCAAAUACUUCUAGGAAGCUCUGAGUCUGCCUGACAAUGCCCUGUAUUAUGUCUGACUGGGGUCUCCAGGGCCUUCUCUCGCCACUCCUCCCUGACACCUCGUCAUGGCGCCCCCGGCCGGAGCCUGCCAUCGCUUUGCUGGGCUCCUUGGCCCUGCUGUUUAUCUGGUACUGCUACCGCGUGGGGAGUGGGCAAGCGACACCCAUAUCCCACCAGCAAGGCGUGCCAACGGAGGAACGGUGCCCACGCCGUGCCCUCCGGGGCGAUGCGGUCAACCAGCGCCUGUAUCGCAGCCUGAGAGACUAUGCCAAGCGGUAUUCGUGGUCAGGGAUGAACCGGCUGCACAAAGGGAUCCGGGACCAGGCCCAUUACCAGUUGGGGGAGCGCCUGGCAAUCCAGAAGCCCAGCACCUUCUACCUCCCCGACUUGCCCUCCGCCCCGUAUUUCCCACGUGAAUCCCAGCGCCACGACGUGGAGAUUCUCGAACUCAGCUUCCCGGCCAUCUUACGGGAAUUUGAGGGCAUCGCUUGGGACUUUGCUUCUGGAGCGCAAGCACCACGGGGAUGGACCACUAACGCCCACCCUGGCUGGCACAGCUAUUACCUCUAUCGUCAAGGGGAGUGUAUCGCACCGAACUGUCGCAGCUGCCCCUGGACAUACCGGGCCCUCAGUGCGCUACGCACCUUCGUAAAUGCCAACCGCUUUGGCAACGCUUGCUUCAGUGUCCUGCAGCCUGGAACUGUGCUACCUGGGACCUAUGGGCCAACCAAUACCAGGCUGCGGUGCCACUUAGGGCUGAAGGUCCCUCCAGGUUGUGAGCUGGUGGUGGGCGGUGAGCCACAGUGCUGGUCCGAAGGAUACUGCCUUCUAGUGGAUGACUCCUUCUUGCAUACAACAGCCCACAAUGGUUCCCCCACUGAUGGUUCACGGGUGAUUUUCAUCGUUGAUCUUUGGCACCCUAAUGUGGCAGGGCCCGAGCGACAGGCACUAGACUAUAUCUUUGCCCCUGGCCGAUAGAUGCCCACCUUGAUCAGGUACUGUAGCCAAGAAAACACAAAAUCAAACCACCACCGUAUGACUACGAAUAUAUGCUGCUCCUCACAAUCAUCCAAAGCUUCCCAUGCUGUUGCUGUGAUAUUGAUAGCCCUAUUUCCACCAUCAUGUAAACUGAGUUGGAGAGUCUUUCCACAGCCCUGCAAACGAAGACUACUGUAUCUUGUUCAAGAACCUGCACAGAAAGGUAACAUGGAAGAAGACCUGGAGUGUGUGUCUCUUCCCUCAAAGUGACUCUGUAAUCAAAAUCUUAGUGACAGAAAAUACGGCUUCUCAUCCUCCAUUGUUUAAUGGACAGUCAUCUAGACAGUACCUUGUGACUUGUUUUGUUUUCUGAUGGGCUAAUCUUCUGGGGGUUGUUCUAGUGCACGUUCUCCUGGCCGUACUGCUGGGCUACAUGCAAAGACCAACAAGCCAGAUUUUAAUAUAGUGUUCUCAAAGUCAGCCUUCUUUCAAAAGUGCUGGAUUACAAAAGCCAUCAUCCACAACAGCACAGGGAAACUGGAUUUGGGUUAUCAGGUUGUAAUCCAAGAGAGCAUGACGCAGUGGUUGGAAUGUUGGACUAUGACUUCGAAGGACAAGGGUUUGAAUUCCCACUUGACCAGGGAAACCCAGCAAGUGGUCCUGAGCAGGUCUUACAGUCUCUUAGCCCACAGGAAGGCAAUUAAAACCUCUGAACAAAUCUUGUUAAGAAACCCAUGAGUGGUUCACUUUACAUUCGCCUCAAGUCAAUAUGACUUGAAGGCACAUAACAAUAUGUCCCAGAGAAAGGAAGGCACUAGAAUAAGAAAUUGUGGAGUUCUUUGGGUUUAAUGUUUUUGAAAGGAAUGAGCGUGUGGGAAACAGAAACCAGCAAAAUACUCUUAUCUCCACCUGUCUGUGAUCAUUUAAUUCCCACACUACAUCUAUAUUGCAACAUAUUGGGCGAUGGGAGUUAAUCCUAAAAGGAUCCCUGCCGUACUCCAAAAAGGUUGUACUCCAAUAAAAAUGUUAGAGCUCUC